AUCGGCGGCGCCACAGCCGUGCUCCAGCUCGUGGUCGCUCUCUCAAAGACAGUCCAAGUUGCCAGCAGCGCGCAUCAUGACAUCCGACGCAUCGACGACGACAGGAUCGAGGACUUCGAGUCUCAACUCGAGGCUACGAGGAUUCAUCUCAAACUACUGGAAAAUUGCAUCUCCAGCGGCACUUUCGGCGAGCAUGUAUGUCGGUACGCAGAGCUCAUCCCGGUCAUCAAAUCAUGCGAUCGAGCGUACACGCGGCUUUCGAACAUUUUUGUCAAGAUACACCGCGAUAGAUCAUGGGCGACCUCCUUAAUGGCCCAAGAGUUAUACAUCAAGCAGGCCAGAUCCAAAAAGACCGAAUACAGUAAUGUCACUUAUCAAAGCAGCUCAGAGCCUCUGGCGGAGCCGAAGAAAGGGUCACAAACUUCUUUCAGCGCCCGCCAAGCUUCUUUGGCUCUUCUGACAUCUUCAGCAAAUGCUACUGAACGUCUGUCCCGCGUCAGCAGCACUCUGGUGAGACUUCAGCUAGAGGAGCCCCAUGAUACAAAUGCGCAAGAGACAGCUUCGAGAAGGACAAGUUUUACAGACCUGCAAAUUGACAUUUGA